AUUUCAGACCCUUUUUGAAAAUUAAACUCUCGUACUCGUACUCUCCCAAAUUUUUAAGUUGGACGGCUUUUAGAUUUGGCUUCCUUUUAAUUCAAAUCUAACUUCUUCUUCUUCUUCUUUAAAUGUUUCAACAACAUAAACCAAAUUCUAAUUCUAUCUCCCUCGCAUCGUUCCCGCUGCUAUUCUAGGGUUUCAUCUUUCAAAUUUUCAUUCCCUAUCCACUAAUUAUACUCCACUAUAACCAAAUGUAAUUUAGGGUUUCCCUCAAUUCCCCCAUUUCUGUCGAAUUUUACUUUUCCUCUUAACUUAACUUACUGAAUUUCGAUUUUUCGUUCCGUUUCUAUACCAUACUUUCUAACUUAGGUUUUUUUUUUUGUAAAAUUAAUCAUUAUAGCAGGUCCCUAGGGUUUCUGUAUUUGUUCAAUUACCCCAAUUUCUCUCGGUUUCUUCAAAUCUUAGAGGUUUUGUUUUGGUGUUGUGAAGCUGGAUUAUCUAGCUUUAUGUUGAUUUACAGUUACUGGGUGUUAAUUGUAGAAGUUUUUGUUGUACAAAAAGGAAUUUUCCUAUAAGGAAAUAAUGUUUUAUUCCCAGUUCAUAUUGGCCAAGAAAGGGCCUUUAGGGACUAUAUGGAUUGCAGCUCAUUUGGAGAGAAAGCUUCGGAAGAAUCAAGUUGCUGAUACUGAUAUUGGUAUCUCUGUAGAUUCCAUUCUUUUUCCUGACGUGCCAAUUGCACUUAGGUUGUCCAGUCAUCUUCUGCUUGGAGUGGUCAGGAUAUAUUCUAGAAAGGUUAAUUACCUUUUUGAUGACUGCAGUGAGGCUUUGUUAAAAAUAAAGCAAGCUUUUCGCUCCACUGCAGUUGAUUUACCACCAGAAGAAUCUACCGCUCCAUAUCACUCCAUUACAUUGCCUGAGACUUUUGAUCUGGAUGAUUUUGAGCUUCCAGAUAAUGAUAUUUUUCAAGGUAACUAUGUUGACCAUCACGUCAGUACAAGGGAGCAGAUUACACUUCAAGACACCAUGGAUGGUGUGGUUUACUCCACAUCACAAUUUGGUUUGGAUGAGCGCUUUGGUGAUGGUGACACUUCUCAAGUUGGAUUGGACCUUGAAGAGGACCUAUUCCUAGACAAGGUGGAAGCAAUGGAUCAUGUUGUGGUUUCUGGAAAUGAUGCUCAGACUUCUGCUGAGCUAAUGGAGCUACCAAAAAUAGAUGCAAGUCAUGAAAGGAUGACUGAAUAUUUAGAAGACAUGCCACUGAAUGGUACUAGAAACAAGAUUGAAGAUCUUGCAUCCAAUUUGGAGGUCAUUGACUAUGCUCAGGCUCCAUCUACUCCUGGAUUAGUGGAAGAGCCUAAUGUGUCUAGUUUUAAGGAGCGUCUGGUAUGCAAUGAUCAUUUAGAGUUAGAAGAGCACCUUGUAAGAGAAUUAGGAGGGAUGGAGAUCUCAGAAAAUGCCCCCAGUAAGUCGGAUUAUAAUGGGAAUGGUGUAAUGGAUUUGUCUCUGGCCGAUCAUCUAAAUCAUGAUACUUCUGUGUGUACACCUGUUGAGGAGCACAGCUGUCUUGAUGGUAAAAUCAAUUUAGAAGUUCUAGGGGGUGAAUUAUUUUCUACAGUAAAGAGUACCGAACUUAGCCCAGCAGAUGAGGCUGUUAGAACACUUGACGAGUCACACAAGGUGGAAGAUAAAGAUAAAGUUACUUCAUGCAAUAACGAACAGACUGCAAUGGAUCUGACGGGUCGAAUAAAUAGAGACUGGGAGGAAGACUUUGAAGAAAAUGAUGUUGAAUUUGCUAGUAAAAUCGAAGAAUCAUUCUGUGAUGGAGAAGCAGUCGUUUCGACUCCUAUUCAUUCAUCAGAUUUACCUAGUGCGCUGGAGUCUGUCAGUGUUAAAUGUCAAGAUCGCCUGGUAAACGAGGAUACUGAAACAUUAAAUGGCCAUGAUAAUAAUGAGCCUACGGCAUCUACUUACAUAGGUGCGCUUCGGCCAUGCAAUUCUCACAUGGGUCAUCCUGAUACAUUAUCAGGUGAAGUUAAUCACUCUGUGGUUGCUUCUGAUCUAGAAAAAGUGGAUGAUGCACCAUUGUCAUCAGAGAUACUUCAAAGGGAGGAAAGUUUUCAUGCUUCUGGAACCUCCACUAUGGUGCAAGGUGGAGAGUGCCAUGUGGUUGAUGGCGUACAAUCAAAGGAAAAUCGGAUAUCUGAGCCCAAUUUAAAUGGAGAAAUUCAAGCAGAUGGGGAAAAGCAUAAUGACCAACCAGUUAAUGCAACAUCAAAUGAUAACCAAUAUGAACAUUUGAAUAGUUCGUCGACUUGUGAAUUGCCUGCACCGGAAAAAUUACUUUCUAUACCUGAGAUGCUAAUAGAAGAACCACAUGAUUUGCUUGUUGAAAUACCUGAUAAAGAUUUGCAUGAAAGGAGUGAUGGAAGUGGUGCUGGGACCAAAAUUUCUGGAAAAAAGCGUAGUUUCGCUGAAAGUUCAGUAACUGUUCAGAGUUUAAAUUCAGUUGAAUCAUUUGGACUGAGCAGAUCAAAGAGAACUGUGGAUUCUAUUCCUGAUGAUGAUGACUUGCUAUCUUCUAUAUUAGUUGGUAGAAAGUCUUCAGUUUUGAAAUUGAAGCCCACUCCAUCUGCACUUGAGGUGCCAUCUAUGAAACGCGCUCGCUUGGCCUCUAGACCAAGUGCACUAAAGAGGAAGGUGCUUAUAGAUGACUCAAUGGUUUUGCAUGGCGAUACCAUACGCCAACAAUUGACAAGUACUGAAGACAUACGCCGCUUACGUAAAAAGGCGCCUUGCACACGCAGUGAAAUUUUGACGAUUCAGAGACAGUUUCUAGAAGAAGAAAUUUUUAGUAAACCAGUCCUAACUGGUAUAUCAGCAGAUCUGACAUGCUUGCAUGGUGAACCAUUUGAUUUGAGUGGAAUCAAGGUUUGUGAAAAUGAUGAUAGUAACAUGGCUUCUUUGGAAGUUGUAAAUGGUGAUCAUUCUGCAAGGCCGGUGAUUAUGCAAGAUUGUGAAAUAGAAGGGGCAGAAUCUGUUGGUUGCAGAACUGACAUUGAUGGACAAACCUUUGCAGUUCCCAUUCAGAAUGAUAAUAAGAAGGAUGAAGGCCAUGAAGGAUCUUGUGCUGUUGAUAAUCAAGAGCAGAUGAAUGGUAUCGCUGAAAUAGUUGAUUAUGGAAAUUCAGAACUUGAACAUUUGAGUGAAACAAGAGAUAUGAAUAUACUGAAUGCAGAAGUUUCUGGUGCUACAAAUUAUUCAAUUCUGGGGGUUGAGCCGUCCCAGAAUGAAUCAGUUCCUGGAGAUAUUUGUGAAGUGCCAUAUGGUGUUGUUGAUCAGUUAAUCAUCAUGGAGAAGUCAAUAGGCACGGAUGAACUUAUGCAGGUGGAUCUUCUGACCACACCAUCUGAGAAGAUUGAUGAUCAAUUGAUUGAGGAUGCUGCUUGCUUGAGGAAUUUGAGCAAUGAUACAGGGCUCUGUGGUACUGAAGUUGUAGACAACUCUGCAGAGAAUUUUUUUGCUGUUGAAACUGAUAUGGGGGCAGGGAAAGAACUUCUGUUGGGUGAAAGCAAAGUCGGUGCAUCAGAUGAAAUUAGAGGAGAUGAACUGGCAGAUGGUUCUGCACCUACUGAUGGCGCAGAUACUUCUCUUGCUAAUGCAUUUCCUGAAAAUGGGGGGUGCAUUAAUUUUAAUGGUGUAAAUAUUGAUCAAUGUUUUGAAGAGAUAGAAAAUGAAAAGCAUGAUGUCCGUGGUGAUGAUGAGGGCCUGGGUGGGAGCACCUUAGGCAGUGAUGAAAAGGACCAACCCUCCAAUCAUUUGUGUAGUAAUGAAGCUAAAAUAAAUUCAGUAGAAUUUGAUAGGGAUUUCAAGAAUGCUUCAAUGGGUGAUGGAGAUAAUACACUGUGUCAACUAGUUGAUCAGCCUAGCGACAUGGAUACACAAAAUGCUCAUCUCGGCCAUUUUACUGCUGGAGAAUGUGAUGACAUACAAAAUGUUGGAUUUGCAAAUGACACAGAUUUUUUGAAUGUAGACGAUGAUGAAGUAGGUGAAGAUGAUGAAGGAUUGCCAGACGCCGAAGAUAGUCGCCUGCUUGAAAAUAGUGGGUGGUCUUCCCGAACCAGAGCUGUUGCGAAGUACCUUCAAACUUUAUUUGACAAGGAAGCAGAACAUGGAAGAAAGGUUCUGUUAAUGGAUAACCUACUUACUGGCAAAACUCGCAAGGAAGCUUCAAGAAUGUUUUUUGAAACUCUGGUUCUUAAAACAAAGGAUUAUGUCCAUGUUGAACAAGCGAAUCCUUUCGAUAACAUCAAUGUAAAGCCACGAGCAAAGCUAAUGAAAUCAGACUUCUGACGGCCUUGUGUAGGAAAAUUCAGAUACAUUCUGUAAAAGUUCUCCCAUGUAGUGCAUAGAGCUGGAGAUUUGGUCUGUCAUUAGAUUUUUACAUUUCUUCUUGAAAUUGCUCUUAUACUUCGAUAAUGUAACUGGUAGAUUAAUAGGGGCUAAGGUUGCAGAUGCCACCAUGUCAAUUAUAACCAACUUGUUGUAAUGUAGAGAGCAUUUGUGUAAAUAUUAUGUGUAAAAUAUGAUCCUCAGCAAGUAUAGAUGCUAAUUUAAAUCUUAAUGUCUGUAUAAGUAAUAGUUAUUUAUCAAA